CACCCGAGCCGCAGGUUGCGGGCUGCCCUUCCUCCUGCGGCCCCCUCGGAAGGUGGAGCAGCGCUACAGCCCGUGGAGCUCAGAGACAGGUGGGAGGCUUUCUUCUUGCUUUGGCAAAGCUGAAACUGAUGCUGAAAAGGCAGAUGUGGUCUCUGGAAGAGACGUAUAGAAAAGAUCUCUCUCCUUUGCCAUGUCAGUUGACAGGCACCAGCUCCACACUCAUUCCUACCAGGACUCACUGAGUUCUACUUGUCAUGGUCUCUUGAACGUCAACAGUCACCCCCUGUCAAAGAGCUCCUCGAGUCUGGCCUGUACUGGGCAAUCAAGUUUAGAGGAAAGACAAAGCAACAAGCAGGAGCUGAAGAAAAGCCAUAGUAGCACCGUCUGUCAUACUCUGGGAAACAAGAGUGAUACAAGGAGUGUGCAGAGUCCUGGAUGGUCCUCACAGACCCGGAUGAUGGGACUUGGAUCAGUGGUCCAAACCAGAAGCGACCAGUUAGUCAAUGACAAUUCACAGAGCAAAACUAAGACUACAAAUCAUUUUCUUAUCACUGAACAGUCCCCAGCAUCCUGGGGAGUGGGGGACACUAAAAUGUAUGUAAAAAGCAGCACUGUUGAGAAUAUUUCCUCAGCCUGUGUUGUCCAUCAGCAGAGCAUGUGUAAAAUGGAAGAACUGGGAACUGUCUUUCAGAGAAGCCACUCAGACCUGACCUGCAGUUGCAAACACCAGACUUGUGUCACUCACAUAGAACCCAGUGCUACUUACUCCAGCCUAAGCUCUUCUAGCUGCAGGCAUGGUCCACCUGUGGCUAGGAUGUCUUUCCAAGCACAGAGAUAUGGAUCAGAAACAAAUGAAAAUGCACCUCGCUAUCAAAACUUUGUGACUCCAGUUCUACCAAGAGACCAGCAAGUACCCACAAACAGCUUUGACAGCAGUGGUAUGCCACAUAACACUACUGUUUACACAGAUCCUGGAACAUUUCACACCGCUGUCCUAGGACCCCACGUGCCUGGAAAUGGUUUCUCCAACAGGACAGUGUUCAAUCAAGCCACUGGGGUUAUUCAUAGUGGUCUGAUUUACAGUAAUAUUCCAAACUCUGCAUAUUCCCCCAUGGUGAUGACAAUUCAUAACAAUUCUGCAGGGCCCUGUAAUGUAAGGAAGGACCCUUGUAUGAAGGUAGAUGCCACCGUCCCUGCCUAUUGCCAUUCUUUGCCUAUACCAUCUAUACAACUUGUUCCGCAGAUGGUAUGCUCAGUUAGUGAGUCAGGAAAAGAGCAGGCAGCACCUGGCUAUUUUCAUUCCUUUUUGACUUCAGACAUUCUGACAUAUCCUAAGCUGGUGUCUUCAGUAAGUGAAUCAGGCCUGGAUGCCAAAAGAGUCCUGAAGUGCUGUAGCAUUCCUGGAGAACAACCGCAACAUGCUCAGCACUGUCCUCAGCAGAAGGCUCCUCCAGAAACAAAUGCUGUCUGUGUUGCUGUUAGUAGCCAGCAGGGUGCAAACAUGGUAAUGACAACUAAGGAUAUGUGGACUAUGACCUCUAUGAAUGAUUUAACCAAAGGACUGAAAGCAGCUCUUGAGUGUAGAGAUGCCGAGGUACAAACUCUUCCAAUCAUGGAGUGCAAAUCUGUGGCAACAAGCCCAGCAGCUGCAGCAGACAGCCAUUCACAUAUGUUCCCAGAGGUGAACCUAGAGCAAAACAUGGAGCCCCCCAAAUCUCCAGUGCGUGAAGUGAGAUGGGAUGAUGAAGGAAUGACAUGGGAAGUAUAUGGGGCAUCUGUGGAUCCGGAAGUCCUUGGGUUAGCCAUUCAAAAACAUCUGGAGAUUCAAAUAGAACAAUUCCAAACAGAGCCUGCACAGCUGGCUGAGAAAAACAAUGAGGAGCCACCUUCUGAUAAAACAGGGAAAAAAAGGCAAUUCAGGACAAUGAUACAUUCCCUGAGAUACCCGAGCUGCUGUGCUCGUUCCAGUACCACAGUGGAGUGAGCGCAGCUGUAGGAGGUGGCACAGCUGUGCUGCUUUUAAACUGUAAAGAAAUGCUAAGUCAAGUGUUAACACAGUACGUGCAGACAGCCCACAUCAACAUAAGUGAGAAAGGGUCAUUGACUGUCAAAUACACAUCAAAGCAAGUUAAAACCCAUGGUUGUGCCAUGGAACAGAGGACACACAGGUGUGUACCUACAUCAUGCCAUCGGAAUGCUCUUAACUGUAUUGUAGCAAUGUUUCAUUCUUCUAUGUUAAUUUUAAAUCGUUUUGUAAGGAAUGAGACUUCUUUUCUAAAUGAUGCAUCUUUUUUUAAAUAAUGAUGACUUUUUUUCUGGAUUUUAAUAAUUUAGAGUUAGAAACCAAAGUUAGAAAAUUAUGCUUUCAUCAAAGUCCUUUGCUUUCAAUCCUACUCCCUCAAUUUGCUUCAGGAGUUACUUUGUUGUUAAUUUAUAAUAGUGCUGAGGAUAAGCCCACUUUAACUGUAGACAAAAUGACAAACUAGUGUAAUGCUUUAUGACGAAGAAUUGUAACUUUUGCUACAUAACUCUGUGAAGUAAUGUCUGUAUUGCUAGUCUGAACUCUUCCCUUUGCAAGCUGAUGUACAGGUGGAGGAUCCUCCUGCAACUCUCAAACUAGUUUGUAGGUAUGAUGAAUGACACUAAGAACUGAUGUUUACAAAGUGAUUGACAGAAAUGUACAGUAUUACCAAAGAUGACUCAUGUAAUGUGAAUGCUUGUUUUAGAGACAUGAAACAAAAGCUGUUCAGAUUAGUGUCACACUACCAUACCCCACAGAUC